AUGUCCCCGGUUAGCUUGGCCUUGCUGUGGCUAGCUCUCUCACUUGUAGCAGCCGUCGAACCAGCUGAUGACCAAGAGGCUAGCUGCUCGCCCAAGUUGUGCGGCAACCUGACUAUCUCAGAGCCAUUUGGAUUUGUUCCGGAGCAGGCAACCGACACAAAAUGCGGUCGGCUGGGAUUCGUGGUCCAUUGCAACAACAGCAUUCCAUACCUCGGCUAUUAUCGGCGAAAGUAUAGAUUCCAGAUCCUCAACAUCUUCUACGACAACAGCUCCUUGCUUGUCGCUGACAUCCACAAGCUUGAGGACUUCAUCGGAUCCAACUCCAAGGUCUGCCAUGUUCUGACUGCCAACACCUCCUCCAAAAUCGGCCUUCCAUUCUCGAUCAGCCCCGUCAAUCUGAACCUCAUCUUCUACAUGUGCACCAAGACACCGGAGCCGGAUAGGGGGCUUGUGGAGACGAAAUGUGGCAGCAGCUUGUUUGUUCUUGUGCCAGUGCGGGAGGCAUUUGGCGAGGCGAACGCGAGCAGCUAUGAGCAACUCAUCAGCGAUGGCUUCCUCUUGACAUGGCAGCCAACAUCAGGUUCCAUGUCUGCUACAGCUGGGUUGUUUUUCACAUGUCUUCUUUGGUUCAUAUAUCGUCGGAAACAAAAGCUCGGUCUCUUCAUUCUCCAAAAGCAUGCUCGGAGUCAAUCAAAUAUGGAAGAGAUAAUAAGGAGAUAUCAAUCACUGACCCCAAAGAGGUACAGUCACUCGGAUCUGAAGAAAAUAACAAGAGGUUUUAAGGAAAAAUUAGGAGAGGGUGGUUAUGGUACAGUAUUCAAGGGUACUCUACCAGAUGGCCAUAUGGUUGCUGUGAAAAUCUUAAAAGGAUCCAAAGGCAAUGGAGAGGAAUUCCUAAAUGAGGUUACUAGCAUUGGUAGGACUUCCCAUGUCAAUAUUGUCAGUUUAUUUGGCUUUUGUUUACAGGGAUCUAAGAGAGCCCUUGUUUAUGAGUACAUGGCCAAUGGCUCUUUAGAGAAGUAUAUUUAUUCAGAGAGUUUAAAGUCGGCACUUGGAUGGGAAAACUUGAGGAAAAUAGCUAUUGGCAUCGCACGAGGCCUGGAGUAUUUGCAUCAGGGCUGCAGCACCCGCAUCAUUCAUUUUGAUAUUAAGCCCCACAACAUCCUUCUUGAUGAAGACUUCUGUCCCAAAAUUGCUGAUUUUGGAUUGGCAAAACUGUGUCAUGUCAAGGACAGUGCUCUCUCAAUGGCUGAUGCAAGAGGCACCAUUGGUUUCAUUGCUCCAGAAGUGUUUUAUAGAGGGUUUGGAGCUGUGUCAACUAAGUCAGACGUUUACAGCUAUGGAAUGAUGGUACUACAAAUGGUAAGCAGCCCGGGAAAUACUGAGAAUUCUAGUGAAACGUAUUUUACCGACUGGAUUUAUGACUGCCUGGUAAAGGAUUUGCAAAGCCAUGAAGUCACAUGCGAGCUAGAAGAGACUGCAAAGCAGAUUGCUCUAGUUGGCUUGUGGUGCAUACAAGAUGGCCCCAGGAAGUCGUCCUUCCAUGAAUACAGCCACAGAAAUGUUGGAGAAGAAUAUCAACGAAUUGGAAAUGCCACCCAAGUCAUUCCUUUCCUGCCCCCUGCCCCAAUCAAAUUUCUCAUCUUAGCCAAGAUAUUCCCUAUUGGGAUGACUCAUAUCAUCUAUGUUUUAUAA